UUACUCGGCGUGAUCAUUUCACGCUUCCCCCCGAAGCCUUUUUUCCACCUAAAGCGUUUAGUUGCAGCUGACUGAGCACUUGCAGGGAGUGCAAUAGGGAGCGGAAGGGUCGAAUUAUUUCAACCUACAACUCGCCCCAAAAGUACUGUAGGACGAAAAAAAAAGAGAGAGGGAGAGACGAAAACAGUGCCAGAGAGUAAGGGAGGGAGAGAGAGAGAGAGAGAGAGAGUGGGGAAGAGAGAGAGAGAGAGGGGGACACUGCGAAAAGUUUUUGUUCUUUUCCUUUUUUCUCCCUCCAUCACCUCCCCCUGUUCUAACGGGGUAACAUGGACCAGGGCCCCAAGAGUCCUGCACUGCGGCUGGGGAGAGCAGGACAUGGUGGAGUGAACCAGCUUGGAGGAGUGUUUGUAAACGGCAGGCCCCUCCCUGAUGUAGUGCGACAGCGAAUAGUAGAACUCGCCCACCAAGGGGUUCGGCCCUGCGACAUCUCACGCCAGCUCCGAGUCAGCCACGGAUGUGUCAGCAAGAUACUGGGCAGGUACUAUGAAACUGGCAGUAUCCGCCCCGGGGUGAUCGGGGGAUCCAAACCAAAGGUUGCUACACCCAAAGUGGUCGACAAGAUCGCAGAUUACAAACGCCAAAACCCCACCAUGUUUGCCUGGGAGAUCCGGGACAGGCUCCUGGCUGAGAGAGUGUGUGACAACGACAGUGUCCCCAGCGUCAGCUCCAUCAACAGGAUCAUUCGGACUAAGGUUCAGCAGCAACCUGGCCAAACGGGCUCAGUGUCGGCUCACAAUUUAGCGACGUCUGUGGCAGCCACACAGGUCUCAGCAGUGACCAGCGACUCGGCCGGCUCCUCGUACUCCAUCAGUGGCAUUCUGGGUAUCAGUUCAGCUGCUGAUGUGGGCAAGAGGAAGCGGGACGAAGGCUUGCAGGAGUCACCACUGGCCAACGGGCAUGGCCACAGUGGGCGGGACUUCCUCAGGAAGCAGAUGCGAGGGGAGCUGUUCUCGCCGCAGCAGAUCGAGGUACUGGACCGCCUGUUUGACAGACAGCCAUCCUGUCCAAUCCAAUCCAGCUCUGACCUCUAUGUGAGCCCUGACUCUGGCAAGACGUCAGAUUAUUCAGCCAUGGCCUCACUAGCAGGCGGACUGGAUGAGAUGAAGAACAGUUUGGCCAAUCCUGGUACAGGGGCAGAGUUAGGAGCCAGUGUCUCCGGUCCACAGUCCUAUUCACUCGUUCCAGGUCGAGACAUAGCCAGCACCACUCUGCCAGGCUACCCUCCUCAUGUUCCUCCCACUGGACAGGGCAGCUACUCUACCCCUUCCCUCACUGGCAUGGUACCUGGUGGAGAUUUUUCCGGAAGUCCAUAUUCCCAUCCUCAGUAUUCUACAUACAAUGAAUCGUGGAGAUUUCCUAAUCCCAGUUUAUUAGUGUUUCAGCAGGAUUAUGGGUCUCUCCUGGGGACGGAAAUCGGCUGCUCCUCCAGUCUCUUCACCAGCCAGGCAGGACAGAUGCAAGGGUCACCGUACUACUACAGUGCGACAUCACGGGGGGCGGGCCCUGCAGCCACUGCAACAGCCUCCGCCUAUGACCGCCACUGACCCCUCCUACUGAGAGAAAAGGAGGAUGAGGGGAUGGAGACGAGGGAGGGAGGGAGGGAUGGAUAGCACCAUCACCGUUCAGUACAAGCCUGCCUACGCACGAAUUUUUGACGUCAGUGAAGUUUGAAUUUUCUUUGAUUGACACUUACGGCAGCAAAUACACUGCUGAGCUGCAACACAGCCAUACUGUAUUAGCAUUACAUUACUGCAAUGAUCACAGGCAUGGCAGUAGUGUAAUUCAUAUAAACAGUAUAGGACCAAUCAGAAGAUUUUGUAAGCAAGUAAAUCUGGACCCUCCCAUGAUACAUCAAGGCUUGGUAUCCCUAUCUUGUUUCUAACCAAUCAUCUACAAAUCCAAGAGGCCAGGGGCCUAUGUGUGAAGCAGUGACUGAAAUGAUCUGUAUUGUGAUCUUCUGGGUAAAAUGUUGAGUUUUCAGGUUGGGAAUAUUUUUGAUGACAUCAUUUGAGAUCAUUAGAGCAAAAAAAAAAAAAAAAAUCACUUUUUCAAAGUCUUUUUAUGACCCAA